GCGUCACAGCUCCGAGGACUCUGGGAACUGCCGCUCGCUCCACAGGCUGCACGCUUGCGCAAAAGCGCUAGCGGUCGCCCUUCCCCCACCUGCAGUCGCGAGUGGGUGACAGAGCCCCCUUCUCCGCGAGCCUCGUGACCCGGAACCGCGAGUGGAGGCUAAACCCCUCCAGCUGUGCCUUUGUGCUUCUGUGCCUUCACCCCAACCCAGAAAAUGAUGGGGUCCCAGGGAUCCGUUUCAUUCACUGAUGUAACUGUGGACUUCACCCAGGAGGAGUGGGAGCAGCUGGAUGCCUCACAGCGGGUUCUGUACAUGGAUGUAAUGCUGGAGAACUACAGCAACUUACUUUCAGUGGAAGUGUGGAAGGCUGAUGACCAGGUGGAGAAGGACCCCAGAGACCUGCAGAGGCAGUCGAGGUCACUUACAGCCAUCAAGAACCAACCAAUUGAAGAAAGAGGCAGUCUUUUUGGAAAGACAUUAAAUCUGAACACAGACUUUGUUUCAUUAAGACAAGUUCCCUAUAAAUAUGAUUUAUAUGAAAAAACUUUGAAGUACAGUUCAGACUUACUUAGCAGUAGAAACUGUGUAAGAAAGAAAGGAGAUGGGUGUGGUGGAUUUGGGGAACCACUUCUGUACCUGAAGCAAGAGAAACCCCACGCUGGACUGGAAUACUCAGAAUAUAACGGAAAUGCAAGGGCUCUCAGCCAUAAGGACACCAUCUUUAAACAUCAGAAAAUUAAGAGCUUGGUUCAGCCUUUUGUCUGUAACUACUGUGACAAGACCUUCUCCUUCAAGUCGCUGCUCGUUAGUCACAAGCGGAUCCACACAGGCGAGAAGCCUUAUGAGUGUGAUGUGUGCCAGAAAACCUUCUCCCAUAAGGCCAACCUCAUCAAACAUCAGAGAAUUCAUACCGGAGAGAAACCCUUUGAAUGUCCCGAGUGUGGGAAGGCCUUUACCCACCAGUCAAACCUUAUUGUGCACCAGAGAGCGCACAUGGAGAAGAAGCCCUAUGGAUGCAAUGAGUGUGGAAAGACAUUUGCUCAGAAGUUUGAACUCACCACACACCAGAGAAUUCAUACAGGAGAGCGGCCCUACGAGUGUAAUGAAUGCGCAAAAACCUUCUUUAAGAAAUCAAACCUCAUCAUACACCAGAAAAUUCACACAGGGGAGAAACGCUAUGAGUGCAGCGAGUGCGGGAAGUCAUUCAUCCAGAACUCGCAGCUCAUCAUCCACAGGAGAACUCACACUGGGGAGAAGCCCUACGAGUGCACAGAGUGUGGCAAGACGUUCAGCCAGAGGUCAACGCUUAGGCUACACCUGAGAAUCCACACGGGGGAGAAACCCUACGAGUGUGUGGAGUGUGGGAAAGCCUUCAGCAGGAAGUCUCGCCUCAGCGUCCACCAGAGGGUUCACAUGGCAUAGUCCUGAGGCUCAGGCAGACAGCUGCAGAAAACCUGUCAGGCCAGAAUUCUUCCAGUGAGGGGAGAAGCCCUCAUGAAGAUGCUGAAGGAACUUGGGGAAAUUCUAUUGAGAUGUAAUCAAUCUCAAAAAAAGAGGAUACCUAAGAAUAUUAUACUGAGGGCUGGAGAGAUGGCUCAGCGGCUAAGAGCCCUUCCCCCUGAGUUCAACUCCCAACAACCACAUGAUGGCUCAUAACCAUCUGUAAUGGGAUCCAAUGCCACCUUUGGGUGUGUCUGAAGAGAGAGACAGUGUACUCAUAUACAUAAUUUUUUUAAAAAAAGAUUAUACUGAAAGUUAUACUAUCCAGCUAAAGAGUACAUAUCCAAAUAUAUGUAUGUAUUUCAGUACGUAUAUAUCCAGAUCAAUUGUAAAUAGACACACUCAGCUCUGUU